AUGGAUAAAAUUCUCUUUUGGAAUACUAGAGGUGCUGGAGGUGGUGAUUUUAGGUCUAUAAUUGUGGACCUUAUUAAGAUGCAUGAUGUUGAUCUUUUAAUUAUCUGCGAACCUAGAAUUCAAUUGUCUAAAGCUAAGAGACAUCUUUUGAGCAUUGGUUUUACUGACUUUGUAGUUGAAGAAGCAACUGGUUUUCCAGGUGGUAUCUGGAUAUUGUGGAAUAAAAAUAAAGUUCAGCUCCAAAAGAUUGACUCUAAUUCUCAAUCUAUCACUGUGAAAGUUUCUGGGAAUGGCAUAGGUGAUUGGUUACUCACCGGUCUUUAUGCUAGCCCAUGUCCUAGCACUAGACAAAGAUUGUGGAACUAUCUUACUGCGAUGUCAAAUUCUACUCAACUCCCCUGGAUGAUUGUAGGUGAUUUUAAUGAACUUGUUGCUUAUGCUGAUAAAAAUGGCGGAUCUUACGCAGGUAAAUUUGGAGGUCUAAGAGAUUGGGUGCAAAGUGAGGCUAUGAUUGAUCUUGGAUAUCAAGGUGCUAAUUUUACCUGGUCAAGUGGAAGAAUUAAAGAAAGAUUGGAUCGGGGUUUCUGUAACACUGAUUGGAGGCUGCUAUUUGCUGAAGCUAGAGUUAUCCAUCUUGCCAAAACGAAGUCUGACCAUUGCCCAUUAUUGCUGAGACUUCAACCACAUGUCCAGAAUUGUAGAAUUAAUCCUCCUUUCCGUUUUCAUUCCAUGUGGAUGCAACAUGAGGAAUACAAGGGAUUUGUGACUACUGCUUGGAAUAAUACUGUUGGUAAUCUGCUCGACAAAACUAAUCUUCUUGCUUCUGAGUUAAAUACAUGGAAUAAAGACGUCUUUGGGAAUAUUUUCAAAAAGAAGAGAAGACUCCUUGCUAGAAUUGCGGGCAUUCAGAAGAAGCUAUGUGUUCAUGACAACCCUUUCCUGCUCAACCUUGAGAAAGAACUUAUUAAGCAGUAUGAAUUUGUCAGGGACCAAGAAGCUAUGCUAUGGAAGCAAAAGUCAAGAGAAAAGUGGAUUCAAGAUGGUGAUAGAAACACAAAAUAUUUUCACAUUACCACUAUGGUCAGGAGAAGGAAAAAUAAAAUCGAUGGCCUUUUUUAUGAUAGUGGUGGUUGGUGUGAAAACCCUGAAGACAUGAAAAAUAUUGCAAAAUGCUUUUUCCAGAUGCUAUUUGCUUAUGAAGAAAGUCCUAAUAUGAGAUUCAAUAUUCCUAAUCUUUUUCCUACAGGUGAUACCAAUUGCAGUGAGAAUCUAGUGGCUCCUGUCAGUCUCCAAGAAAUAAGAUCUGCUUUAUUCUCUAUCGGAGAUUCCGGAGGGUCUAAAGCACACUUUGAUCACUUUGGUUCCUAA